UCCACCACAUUCGCAAGAUGCGGAAAGGUCGUGGAGGACCAGGGCAGCUAAAUCGGCGUGGAUCGGGACGAAGCGGCAAGCAACUGGCCCAGAACAAUGACGCAGUACCCGCACCAUCAGUAGAGCUAUCCAAGGAAGAGCAUGCGGACUGGCGUGUUAAGUAUGGCUUCAUGAAUGCCAUCGACAAGCUGUACAGAGCAUACCCGUGCUCAAAGAAGCCUCGUAUGCCGUCGCCAGCUGAUGUCGACCCUAGUUGGAUACAAAAAAUGCUCCCGGAAACUCCUGAUGAGUUCCUCAACAAUGCGACUGCGAUGCAAGACUUGGUGGAAUUGUCUGACCCAAUUGAAUACUAUCAAGACGGAAUCAACAUCGUUGUGACGGUCAGUAAAGCCAUGUCCCUCCCUCACGCACAGCCAUGGACAGUCCCAUCGUCUACAGAUCGCUCUCAAGAUGAAACUUUGAGCAGGGCAAAGAACUUGGCGGGAAAACAUCGUUCGUCCAUUUAUUCGUCAAGAAAUUGUACCCUGACGCAGCCGACCGAAAACGCCGCAUCCUACUUCUCGAUGCUGCCACGAUGGAUGAGACCAUGUUACUGUCGAAGAUGGACGGAUUCAAGCGAUUCUUCGACCACCCCAAGACGAAGCCACAUCCGAAGUUCCCAUACAUCGUGAUCGAAAACUUUCACCAAUUGAAUCCGCGCAUCCAGCAGCACUCGAUUGGUCCCCAAUGGGAGAUCUUGAACGCGAAGGGCAUCUUCUUCGUGCUCACGGUCGCGCCAGAUGCAAACAAAGUCACGGAACAGAUUAAGACGACGAGCAAGAUCGUGAGGCUGCGACCGCUGGAAGACCUCCAUGUGCUGGAAAAGGUCUUGAUGGUGUGCGUCAACCAACGGAUUGGAUUCGUUCGGCCAGCACUCGACUACAUCGUCAAACGGCUGCGGCACGCCGUUGGCCCGUGCCUCGUUACACUGCAGCAGCUCUUCACCACACACCAUUACCUGAGCAUGGAAAACGUCAACCGGUUCUUUCAUCGCACACUGCACAUGAAAGAGUCGCUGGAUCUUGUCGAGAUGAGCGCGCCCCUCAAGCGGUGCAAAGUGUGCACGCUUGUCCCCCCCUGCGCCCAUACGACUCUCGACCACAUCCACAACCGCGUUCUCCGGCUCCGGGCAAUGUACCCUCAGGACAACCAGCGCGAUGUGUGCCCCGACUUUAAGCACACUGGUCUCUGUCACGUCUUCAAUCGAAAAGGUCGGUGCAUGUACGACCACCCGAUGGAGAUACACGCGAUCGACACGACCAAGCUCGUGGCGCGCUGCAAGAUACACACGUUGCCGCUGCCAUGCACGCAUUGUGCGACGUUAGCGACGUCCGUGGCGCGGGAAGUCGCGUUGGCAAAAGAGAAAUCCGCCGUCGAAACAAUGAUCAUCAAGCUCAAGAAGAUGCUGGCAGACCAAGAUCAUGCCCUCCACGCCCAUGUCAAGGCAACCUCAGCGACUGUCGUGUGGGGCAAGGCCAAGGAAAUAAUCGAUGCAAAGACGGCCGACCUGAUGGACGACCUCAAGAAGACACAGAGCAAAUUGGAACAUCUGCAACGACACGUUACGGAUGAGAUCAUUCCAGUGCUGGAAGCCCUGCAUCUCCAAAACCAACGAGGAUACUGCAAGGGCCUGGGGAAGGGCGGUAACACGGUCGAUGACCUUGGCCUGGCCGAUGGCGGGGACUCCCAUCAAGGUGAAGAAUAGUGAAAUUAGUUGUGUAUCGAUGGGGGCUAUGACAGCAGACUGGGCUGCGUCCACCGAAGUGAUGGGUUUUGUUGAACGAGCAUGCCACGGCGCUCUUGUUCCUUCUGGACUUCCAUGCUCAGUUUCUCCAUGUAAUCGCCCAAGUCGUAGCCGUAUGGGUCGAACACAUCUUUGGGAAAAUUGGUUUGCAUCUCUUCAAUGCUGAAGUACUCGACGACUUUGGCCAGAAUGUAAGGGUUGUCGAACUCCUUUUUGUUGCGCAAGCUCUCGAUGAAGCUCAUUCCGCGCUCUUUGUGCUCGAGGUACUUGUUGAUCUUGGCUUGAAGUGUAGGAUCGCAGCGUGCUCGUGGCAAGUCUGGCAAAUCUGGAAGCGCCGGUACGUCUGGACUGCCAUCCUCGUAGGUAGGAGGUACAAGAUUGGUGACUCCGGGAGGACCCGCCUUGAAUGCUUCACUCGAUACUUCAGCGCCAGUACUCUCAGCAGUUGGUAGUGGCACAUCACUGUCAAUCUGGUCCUUCUCAGUCUCGCUGUCGGACGAGUCCGACCCAUAGCCGGCGACACCCAACGGAUUCGACAUCGAUAUCGACGGCAACAAAAAA